UUGGGGAAAGUGACUAAGAUGCUAAGAGCAUAUUUAUAGCUGGGUUCUGACGUAAGUGUCAGUGGGGAGGUAGGGCCAGGCCAGGCACAGCAGCAAGAGGGUAGGAAGAGCUGAAAACUGGGGGCACCUGAUAGAGGGUAGGGGAGAAGUGGGGUCAGCGACUCUUGCAGCCACUUUGUGCUGCUUCCCUGGACUCUUGUGUCUGGCGCCAACAGCUUCUUGAAGAAACCCGGGGCAUCCGGAGAGAGGCUAGCAUGAAGUCUACCGUCGGAAGUGCAAGGAGGAGGGACCAUGGCCCUCCCGUUAGCCAGUGAGGAGUGUGAAGAGGGCCAGAUCGGAACUAAGGUCGCCCGCACUCGCGCUUGCUCUUCAAAGUUCUUAAACCUCCCAUUUCCUGCCCCCUCUCACAGAGGCCUCGAACCACUUCUAGGAUGCCCCGAUUUAGAAGGAGCAACUGCCAUCCGAGGCUCCUGACCCAACCCAGGGCCACUCUCCAGGAGCAUGGGGCUCCCUGAUGUCCAGCCCCAGCUGGUGCUGCUCUGGGCACUGGUGUGGGCACAGGGGGCAGGGUCUGGAUGUCCCAGCUGCGGAGGCCCCACGCUGGCACCCCAAGCAGAACGAGCUCUGGUCCUGGAGCUAGCCAAGCAGCAGAUCCUGGAGGGGCUGCACCUGACCAGUCGUCCCAGGAUAACUCACCCUCCCCCCCAGGCAGCGCUGGCCAGAGCCCUCCGCAGACUACAGCCCCGAAGCAUGCCUAUAGCAGAUGGAGACGAGGUCAUCAGCUUUGCAACGGUGGCAGACUCCACCUCGGCCUGCAGCUCUGUGCUCACCUUCGACCUGUCCACGGCUCAGCCCCACCAGCUGUCCCGGGCUCGCCUCUGGCUGCACGCGCGGCCCGCGCCGCCCGGCUCGCUGUACCUGAGGGUCUUCGGGCGGCGCCCGGGCGGUGGGCAGCGGGGGGCGCGCACCCUCCUGGCCGAGCAGCACCUGCCGGCUGCGGGCUGGCACGCCCUCGCUCUGCCCUCUGGUGGCCUGAGGGCUGAGGAGUCCGCCGUCCUGCAACUCCAGCUGAAGUGCAGGCUCCUGCCAGGCAACCGCACCUCUGCCCAGCAGCUGGGGCGGCGGCUCCUGGACACGGCCGGGGACCGGCGGCCCUUCCUGCAGCUCCAGAUCUGGCCCAGGGAGCCCGGAGCGGGCCGGGCCAGGAGGAGGACCCCCACCUGCGAGCCCGAGACCCCCUUGUGCUGCAGGCGAGACCACUAUGUCGACUUCCAGGAGCUGGGAUGGCGGGACUGGAUCCUGCAGCCCGAGGGGUACCAGCUAAACUACUGCAGUGGACAGUGCCCCCCGCACCUGGCUGGCAGCCCCGGCAUCGCCGCCUCCUUCCAUUCGGCCGUCUUCAGCCUCCUCAAGGCCAACAACCCUUGGCCCUUGGGCACGUCCUGCUGUGUUCCUACGGCCCGGAGGCCUCUCUCUCUCCUCUACCUGGACCGUGAUGGCAAUGUGGUCAAGACAGAUGUGCCAGACAUGGUGGUGGAGGCCUGUGGCUGCAGCUAGCACGAGGACCUGGGCAUUUGGAGUGAAAAGAUCAGUUGGGGGUUCCCAGGCAAAGGGCAUCUGUGGCGGGCCACAUUGCAUUCCUGACCCACACCCCUACCCAACGGCAGGGUGGCAGUGUGACCUGGGUGACCCAAAUGGGCACUUGUUCAUCCAGAAUCUUGCCUGUUCCAGGCUGGCUGGUGUGUGGGGAGAUGGGAAAAGUGUGUUCUCUGAAAGAGUCUGCCCAGGAAGCAUGAUUUCCUUCCCUAAGCCCUAAGGGAAGGUAGCAGAGGUGAGGGAGGGAUGGAGGGAGGGCAGAAGGCAGAGAAAAUUUACCUAGUCUCUCCCAAGAAGAGAAAGUCCUCGAGUAAGGGAAGCAGGCCUCGGACAGGGGAACCAGGCUGGCCAAGGGCAGAAGCAGCGGAAGAGCUUUAAGGGAGGGCCAAGAAGGAGAUGGGCAGGGGGCUAAGAGGAGGUGUCUGGGAGGGCCCCAGAAAUGGGAGCCAGGAGAGAGGAGUGCUGGGCCUAAGAAGUUUCCUGGUUUUCCCCAGUGGGGGACAGGACCCACCGAGGAGACAAAUGUUUAUACUUACCCAAUAAAAAUGAGGGGAAAAAUCAA